AUGGGGACUGGAGAUCGCCUGCUGGAUAUUCCUUGCAAUGUGUGUGGAGACAGAAGUUCUGGGAAACAUUAUGGGAUAUACAGUUGCGACGGGUGUUCGGGUUUCUUCAAGCGGUCUAUCCACAGGAACCGAGUGUACACCUGCAAGGCGGGUGGCGAGAUGAAGGGCCGCUGUCCUGUGGACAAGACGCACAGGAACCAGUGCCGCGCCUGCAGGCUCGCCAAGUGCUUCCAGGCCAAUAUGAACAAAGAUGCGGUCCAGCACGAGCGCGGUCCCCGCAAGCCAAAGCUACACGCGGGGUCGCUGGGCGCGCUGCCGCCCCCGCUGGCACACAAGCCCCACGCCUUGAAGCUGUCUCCGCCGUCGUCUUACACGCCGCUCUCCCAACCCUUCAAUUUCCAGUUCAGUAUAAGCGGAGCGAGCGAGCAAGCGCCGUUGAGCACGGCGUCGUCGGCCGGGUCGAGCGGUGCGGGCGGCGCCGGGGCCGUGAGCCCGCUGCCGCUAAUGACCGAGCCCUUCCUAGCGCCGCCGCCGCCUGGACUGCUACAUAUACUCAUGUCCUCUGACAAAUGUCAGGAACUCAUGUGGAGCGCCAAACAGCUGCAGCUGCAAGGCGACCCCACGCUGCUGAGGCCGCCGCCUGGCGCCUUCGGAGCGCCGCUGGCACCCACCUGGGAACUCCUACAAGAGACCAGCGCUCGCCUGUUAUUCAUGGCAGUCCGGUGGGUGCGGUGCCUGGCGCCAUUCCAGGCGCUCGCCCCGGGAGACCAACUCGUUCUGCUGCGCGCCGCCUGGAAGGACCUGUUCCUGCUCCAUCUGGCGCAGUGGUCCGCACCCUGGGAUCUGGCGCCCCUGCUCGCGGCCCCCAACGCCCGCGCCAGGCUACCGCCGGAACCGCUGGCCGACUUGGAACUCAAUACUUUACAAGAAAUAUUAUGUCGGUUUCGACAAAUAGCGCCAGAUGGGAGCGAAUGCGGUUGUAUGAAAGCUAUCGUCCUUUUUUCACCAGGUAUUACAGAUACGCCAGGGCUAAGUGAGACGCAGCCGGUGGAGAUGUUGCAAGACCAAGCACAAUGUAUUUUAGCCGAUUACGUUCGGACUAGAUAUACGAGGCAGCCCACAAGAUUCGGUCGACUACUACUUUUGUUGCCUUCGCUGCGCGCAGUGCGAGCGCGGUCAAUCGAGCUCCUUUUGUUCCGGGACACCGUGGGAGACGUGUCGGUGGCGACCUUGCUACACGACAUGUACCGCAUGCAACCCGCCCCAACUCCGGCCUUUGCUCCACCUCCCACCACUACCACUUCUGACCACUGUUCUUCGCCUUAG